GUUAUAUAUGUUACUUUGUAUCAAUGAUGAUGCAUGGCCUAAGAGGACAGUCACUAUUUCCUCUGCGGAGGUCACAUGAUACGACUUUCGGCGGGGCUCGGGCAGUGACGUUCUGAAACGGAAAUAUGGCAUGCGCGACACAAUCAAUAAGAUCCCACCAGAUAGCCACUCAACGCUGGCUUUCGUAUCGCAUGCUCUGCAUCUCCGCCUAUGUAGGCCAAACCUUUGAGUUUCUGAUCUGGCGAGGGCCUGUUCCAUGACAUCAAUAUAUAUUGCUCACAAUGACGAGCGACUCCACCGCAAUGUCCCCAGGCCGGCUCUCGAGCGAUUCACAAGACAUCAGUCCGCACAAUAACAAACAUAUACAUCGAUCCACAUCACCAUUCUUCGAUCCGAACUCCGAAUCAGCUCCUCUCCUUCAAGGCGGAGAUGCACAAGGGCCUUCUUAUGGAACCCAAAGUCGCAGCCGGCCUUCGUCGCUCGCUUUACGUUCCUCCCAUGAGUUCGCACCGGCGGCGAACGACCAAAAAAACAAGCGUCGCUGGCCUAUUAUCGUCGCACUUUCGUCUCUCACGGUCGCGGUUCUCCUCACAUUGAUAUUUGGCUUUGCGGCUCCAGCUGCCGUCAAAUCAUACGCACAACAAGCUGUCGUCUUCACUCCACAAAGGUUAUCAGUUGAUUCUGCAACAUCUUCGGGCGUAUCCUUGAGGGUACAGGGAAAUGUCACUCUAGACGGUCAACGUGUUAAUCAGAAGCCUGUACGCGAUAUAGGUCGAUUUGCCACUUGGAUUGCAAAAGAGGUCGAGCUUGGUGAAUCGAAAGUGAAUGUCUACUUACCAGAAUACGACAAUGUGCUCGUCGGUACUGCAUCCUUACCAGCCGUUAACUUGAAUAUUAGAGAAGGACAUAUCAAUCACAUCGAUAUAAUAACUGACCUGGCGUCGGGCGAUGUGGCUGGUAUCCGUCAAGUUGCCGACGAUUGGAUGAACGGGCGACUAGGCCAACUACGCAUAAAAAGUGCUGCCAACGUUCCUAUCAAGUCAGGGAUUAUAAACAUCGGCAAGCAGGUCAUCUCUACCGAUUUGCAACUUGAUAACGUUCCUGCUUUACCAUCGAUCAGUGUGCUUAAACUGAAUAUUCAUGAAAACCCGUUGACACCCCAGGAUCCUAGUGUUGCUGUCGAAGUCUCUGUGGGAAUUUCAAAUGACUAUGCUCUCUCGAUAGCUAUUCCACCUUUAGGCUUCGAUAUUCUCGUUCCAAAUUGUCAACCCUUUGACCCUUAUAUACUGGUAGCGAAUGCGACUACGAAUACUGUCGAUGUUCAACCAGCCGCCCCUGCUAUUGUCGAUGUUAGCGGGAUCAUACAGCAACUUCCUUCGGAAUUGACGAAAGCAUGUCCAGGCAAGAAGGACUCACCUCUAGACCAGAUUAUCUCCGGAUAUAUGAAAGGACAUCAAACAACAAUAUAUGUCCGUGGCGCAGACUCGCCAUCACAUAAAACCCCGUUGUGGAUGGUUAAUUUGUUGAAAAGCGUCACUAUCCCGGUCCCUGUGACCGGCCACGACUUUGGUCAAAUGAUCAAAAAUUUCUCAAUGACAGACGUUCAUUUCUCUAUGCCCGACCCCUUUGCUGAACCCAACUCCCCGGAUUCACAACCUAAAGUGUCAGCGGUCGUUCAAGUCGUGGUAGAUUUACCCCAAGAGAUGAAUUUUGAUGUGGAUAUCCCUCGAGUCCGAGCAAAUGUCGAUGUCUUUUAUCAUGGUAACAAAUUUGGCUUCCUUGACUUGAGAAAGUGGCAGCAUGCCAAUGCCACUCGCACCAAUGGCACGGAUAGUGAGGACCCGCUGCUGUUCGUAACAUUUGGGAUAAAAGACGGUCCUCUUCAGGUCACGGAUAGUGACAUAUUCUCUGAAAUUGUUCAGUCGUUGCUAUUCGGAGAUAAAUCGGUUGUUUUGGACUUGGAAGCGCUUGUAGAUGGAAAAUUAGUGACUACAUUGGGCCAGUUUACCAUACAUGACAUCCCAGCUCAGGGAAGCAUCAAAGUCAAUCCGCCAUUCGGGAGCUCUGUUGGAGGUUUAAUAAACCCUAAAGUGGAGUCACUGGAUAUAGUGCAUACAACACAAUCGACUGUCUUAGUUCAGGCCACUGUUAACUUCACUAACCCUACUCCAUAUUCAGCCUCCAUACCUUUUAUCGAUUGUUUGCUACUCUCUAACGGGACUGCCAUUGCGCAUAUUACGGGCCAUGCAAUGUCUAUCGUUCCAGGAAACAAUACUGGUGUUUCUAUUGAUGUACUAUGGAGUCCGUUGGCCUCUAGCGGUGAUGCAGGGGUGAUUGCAGGCCGUAAAUUCUUAUCAAAUUACAUUUCAGGGUUGAAUACUACUUUGACCUUACAAAGUCACAAAGGCUCUAUUCCUAGCCAGCCUGGCAUCGGACAGGCGCUUUCAAAUAUCAAGAUUGAUUUCCCAGUCCCAAAACUGGAGGCCCCUGAUGAUAGCGACGACGACUCAGAUGGGGAUAGCAAUGGCAAUCCGCAUUUCAUCAAGGACGCAACGCUGCACGUGUGGUCUUCCACUUCUGUUUUUACAUUGUCGUCUCCUCUCCACAAGUCGACAUUCUAUAUCAACAGUAUUAAUGCGACUGCGUUUUACAAUCAUACCGAGCCUGUUGGGAGAAUUGACUACGGCCUCCCCUUUGCCGUGCCUCCUAGGAUCUCACAAACUCCCAGACUUCCUGUUGAGUUGUAUUUGAAUGGCGUUGGUUACGAAGCUGUAAAGAGAGCUUUUGGUGGUACAUUACGCAUGGAUGCGAGGGCUGAGGUUGGCGUUACGCUCGGCGAAUAUUCAACAACCGUAUUUUACCAGGGUAAGGGCAUUGGCGCAAAGAUUCGGAUCUAGGGUAUUUUCUUGCUUCAAGCCAUGAACAGCAAUAGGGCAUAUUUGACAAUUUUGAAAGGCGUUUUAUGAGCGGGCGUUCAAUAACAUUUUUGCUUGUUACGCAUAGAACAUUUACGUUUCAAAGACUACGUGUUUGUCGAUGAGGAAUAGUUACAUCUGAAAUGCUAUAUUAGA